GAGUGGGAGGAGCCUUCAGAUGAGGAUCAGUGGCUUCACCUUCAUGUGUGUGUGUAUGUGCGCGCGCGCUCCAGGUUAAGUAGCUUCAGAUAUAAUUCCUUCGUGUACUGUCACCAAAGUGGGGACAUUGUGUAGCAGUGACCAGCAUCGACCCGGUUGUCUAAUCUGUGUGAGGACAGACUGAGUGUGUGUGUGUGUGUUGGAAGUCUGCGGCUGUGCGCUCUGCUCCGUGCGUCAAACCAAACAUCCAGCCGGAGGAUCCGAGCGAGCGCGACGGACAAGAAUGAGGUCUUCGCCCGCUUAAAGAUCCGUCCCUGUUUAAGAUGUUUCAGUGGAGGUCCCCUGUGAUUAUUCCUCCUUCUGUGGUUAUGGUUGCGCCCGGCAAGCAUUCAGGAACAUCCUCCCUCUCCUGCCUAUGACAUGGUUUAACCCACGUAUGAUCCGGUCACCAUGAUGGCCUCCAUGGUUGUCAAUGGAAACCGAGACGGGCAGUCUCUGGUGUUGAAGGGGGUGGAUCCAGAGACCUGCAUGAUUGUUUUCAAGAACCACUGGGCUCAGGUGGUGAAGAUCCUAGAGAAGCAUGAUCCCCUGCGCAGCACUUCCACCCUGUCCUCCUUGAGUGCCAUCAACCUCAGCGCCGGUUUGAGCAGCGGUCCUCGUUUUGGCCCCGUCCCCGGAGACGAGGCGAACGCGGUGCAGAACUAUGUGGAGCACAUGCUGUUCCUGCUGAUGGAGGAGGAGAGCGGUCAGGCCGGCGCCAUGGGCCCCAUCCUGGAGUUUGUAGUGAUGGAGAACGUGAUGGAGCGCCUCUUUGUGUGGAGCCUGCGCAGGGAGUUCACAGACGACAUGAAGCUGGAGCAGCUGAAGAUGUACGAGAUGCUGGUGGGGCAGGCGCACCAGCCGCUGCUGCAUCACAAACCCAUCCUGCGGCCGCUCAUGAUGCUGCUGUCGUCCUGCUCGGGCACGGCGGCGCCUUCGGUCGAGGCCGAGCUGGUGCUGCUUCUCAACCUGCUGUGCUGCGUUCUGGCGAAGGACCCUUCGGUUCUGGAGCUGUUUUUCCACACCAGCGAGGAUCAGGGAGCCACCAACUUCCUCAUUUUCUCCCUCCUCAUCCCCUUCAUCCACAGGGAGGGCACAGUGGGCCAGCAGGCCAGAGACGCUCUGCUGCUCAUCAUGUCGCUGUCUGCUGAGAACGAGCGAGUGGCCAAACACAUCGCAGAGAACACCUUCUUCUGUCCGGUGCUGGCCACAGGGCUGAGCGGCCUGUACUCAUCCCUCCCCACCAAGCUGGACGUCCCCGGUGAUGAGUGGCACGGCCUCCACAGGGAGGACUGGCUCCAGAUGCCGUCCCUCGUCCAGUUCCUCAACUCGCUGGAAUUCUGUAACGCAGUCAUUCAGGUGGCCCACCCUGUCAUCAGAGACCAGCUGGUUAGUUACAUCUACAACGGAUUCCUCGUGCCAGUCCUCGCUCCGGCUCUGCACAAGCUGACCCUGGAGGAGGUGAUGACCACCACGGCGUACCUCGACCUCUUCCUGAGAAGUGUCUCUGAGCCGGCGCUGCUGCAGACGUUCCUCUCCUUCAUCCUCCUCCACCGACACGAGAGCGUCCACAUCCUGGAUACCCUGGUCAGCCGCAUCAACACCCCCUUCCAGUUGGGCACCGUGUCACUGGCUCUCUUCCGCACUCUGAUUGGCUUAUACUGUGAAGACGUGAUGCUGCAGCUCAUAUUGAGGUACCUGAUCCCCUGUAAUCACAUGAUGUUGAGUCAGAGACGCGUGGUGAGGGAGAGGGACUGCUACUCAGUGUCUGCGGCCAAGUUCCUAGCACUGACGCCGACCUGCUGCUCCCCCGAUCACAGCCCGCCGCCCCUCCGGCAGCUGGAAUCCAUCCUCUUUUCCAAGGGUGCAGAGGCCGCCGCUAACCUGGACUCCACAGAGGAAAGAGAGAGUUUCUCAGAAGAGGACGACGAGAACUCCUGCACCAUCGGGUCAGAAAUCUACCUGGAUGUCAGUUACCUUCAUUACCUCUACGACGCCCAUCUCGGCAUCAGCAGCUGCAUACGGGCCUGCCAGGUGUGGUCGGCACUGUAUGAUGGUGAGGACCCCCCUCCUGAGAAAUACCAGCCCGGCGUCCUCGAGGAGCCCUGGCUCAAGAGUCGACAAACCCAGAUGGCACUCAAGAGAGUUCCACAGCAGCUGGUGCCGCGCCCUCGACUCUGUCCGCUGCCGCCGAGUGCCGAGCCACCCUCCGUCAACCAGCUGGAGCUGGAGUGGGACGAUAGCUACGACGUGUGUACGAUGCAGACGGCAGAGGCUCCCGUGGAGAGUAAACCUCCACAGCUGCCUCUCGCUGAGACCCCGAAGCACAUCCAGGAGAUGAGGAGAACGGCCAUCAUGUUAGUUAACGGCUCGUACAUCGAGGAAAACGAGUUCCAGGAUGAUGUCAUGGUGUACGAUCUUGUCGCCAAGAAAGACGCCAGAGAUGUCGAGCGUGGGAAGCGUAAGUCCAAGGGGUCGGAAUCAGAGGUCGUCCAACCAGGCUCAGCAGAAGUUCCCUUAAAAAAUGGAUUGAGUUUGACACUUCCAGCCGCUGUGAUGUCCGAUAAGGGCAAAAACAGCUCGGACGCAAAGGCCAAAGUUCAAACGGAUUGUAAUUCAAACGUCCAAAGCACAACUGCUCUAGAGCUGGGCGACGACCUGUUGGCUCAGUACGAGGAGCUCAUUCGUACGCUGGACACGCAAGCGGGCGGGAAACCGGGUCAAGCUGAUGGAGAGUUGAAAAAGCCUGUCCCACCUGUGGAGGAAGAGGAGGAGAUGGAUUUCACCUCCUUCUCCGCCGAGACACCCGAACCAGAGAAACUACAAUCACCGUUUGGGACCAAGUUUCAUAGCGGAAGCACAAGUAGAAGCCAUUCAGUGCCUUUCACAGGUCCGUUUGUCAGCGUGCUGCUGUCUCGUCUGGAGAACAUGCUCUCCAACUCGCUUUAUGUCAACCUGCUGUUGACGGGCAUCCUGGCUCAGCUGGCCGCCUACCCUCAGCCUCUGCUGCGCUCCUUCCUUCUCAACACCAACUUGGUCUUUCAGCCGACUGUUCGCUCCUUGUACCAGGUACUCGCCACAGUGAAGAACCAGAUAGAACAGCUGGCUGCCACCAGAACGGACUUUCCAGAGCUGAUCACCACUGCUCAGCACUGGCUGCUGGCCAGGGAGACUUUAAUGGCAGCAGAUAAAAACCAAAGCGGCGGCGGCGGCGGCUCUACCCAUGGCGAGGCGGGGGGGAUCCUUAAGAACUCGCCGCCACCAAAACCCAAAGCCAUCUCUCUGGACCGGACAGAAGUCUUCGCUACCGUCCUCUACACGGAGUUCCUCAAAGAACUGGCUGCGAUUGCACAAGAGCACUCCAUCUUAUCUUACAUUCCUAUGGAAGAGUAAAAUGUCCCAAAAGGCCUCUGUGACGAGUCAGAAGAGUUAAAAGACUGUUUCAUGGUGGUUUUCUAUUUUUUUCCAGGCGCUACUUGAUGAAGAAACCUCGUAGAUACAACGAUUUAUACAACUAUUUUGAGAAGCAUAUUUAUUUUCCGAGCAAAGAUAAUCACUUUCUUGUGCUUUUUAAAAAUUCAUGUUUUCUAGUUCUGUGAAGUGUGAGGUCCGACACGUUGAGCUGGAACAUCUGCACCACAAGAAUGAAGCUCAUGGAGGCGAGGUCCAGGUCGACCAACCAAAGACUGCAGAGAGAGAAUUAACAGUCGUUAUCUGAACUGCCCUCGUUCUGUGUGGCCUUUCUGGGGCGUCGUUGCCUCUUUGCCGGGGGAUUACGCACCUCGGACUCAUCAGCAUGGAGACGUAUUUUCAUUCUCACUGUUGCAGCUGGCAGCUUUAGACUGGCAGCAUCACAGAAACACAUCCUGUCCUCUGUUCAUCACUUUUAAGCUGCUUUCAGACAUGAAAUCCAGAAAAAUGUCCAGAAUGUUGCUUCCGGACGUUUCCCAGAGUUUAGCCUUUCACAUUUGAAGAACACAGCAGGAGAUUGUCAGAGUCAGACGCGUUCACAGCAACGGGAGAAUGUCCGAGGGGGGGCUCCGAAAUCUCACGAGAAUUUUUUUUCUUCUACGUGUUUGGCAUCUCCUUUUAGUCGAGAUAUUUAAAAAUAAAAUAUAUAUUCUUCCUAGUCGCGUGUCAGAAACAUCAUCUUGUGAAUUUUUCGGAUAUUUUCCUGCUGUAUUCUCACAUGGUCGAACAUUUGCAUUGUCACAAACCGGAAACCUUUUCAUGAAAACGUCCAGAGUUCAGUGCGUGUCUGAAAGCAGCUCUGGUGAAAACAUUGGUCUCUUUUUUUUUCGUGGUGUUUCCAACGUCGUCGUGCGUCAACUAUGUUUCGUGUUUUUCUGUUGGUUCACGAUGAUGACGGUACCUCAGGAGUCUUUCGAUGCACGUCCUCCUCUCUCUGUUCUGUAAGCCUUUGGGUGAAGUAUCUUUCCCACAAUGCAUUAGUUUCUCACAUUAACGGGGCUGCACAUGUUCUCAAGACAACAGCACAAAAAAAACCAGAUUGUUCUUCUAUUAUUGAUUUGCCUUAUGUCAGUGAUGCUUUAGAAUGUACAUACUGUAACAGAACUCUAUGCAAAUCAAGGAUAUUUUGGGUAUAAAUGAAUUUAGGUUAUUUUCAGAAGGGGGCUGGGUAUUUAAGCUUUUUGAGAGUUUUUAUUGCCACGUUGUUUCUUCACACUAGAGGUUUCUAUUGUGUCGUCACUUUCUUCUGGGUGUUGUAGUUGUGAUGGAUCAGAUAUAUCUAUGAUGGGAGAGUUGUAGUUUUGCAUCUGUUGAAAAUCAUCUCAGACUGAGGCGUUUCCAGGGGAACCUGUUGUUGUAAAUUGCCUUUAUUUGAGUUAACAUGGUUAUUAAAAUUAUAUAUUAAGAGAGAUUUAUUUUGUUAUAAAGGUUGCCUCUAUUAAAAUAAUUUACCAGGACAGAAAUAGUUUUAAAUUUGUGCCUAAAUUGUGAUUUUUAGUUCACAUUAUUGCCUGAGAUUUAAUUUGCAAAGGAGUGAUGUGAUAUUUUAUAAUGUGAUGAUGUUUUACUGGAAGCUGUCCAUUGUUUUAGUGUAAAUUAAAUAUAUUGUUUUUUAUUUAUUUUGUUUCUGGAAGCAAAAGAAAGCAGUCGCCAUAUUUUUUUCAUCCAAUAAUUUUAUAUAAAGAUGUAAAACAUGUAAUGUGGACAUUUAAAAACAUUCACUUACAUUUCUGUAACUAAGAUAAUGGACAGCUUUGGGUAAACACCUUUCUAGGAAUGAUUUACAGAAAGAGAAAUAGCAGUAGCACAGUGAUUCAAUCAAUGAUGUCCUCUCAUAAAUUCAAUUAUUACUAUGUUUUAAAUUUGAAAUGUGUAUUUUGUUCUUAGUGAAAUCCAUCCUAUUCUAAUUGUUGCUAUGCAGGUGAUGAAUUAUGCUGUAGGAUAGUUGUGUUUUUUGGAGACGUAUAUUUGUAUCAGACCAUGUUUUUUUUCUUUCUCUGGUAAAAGAAUGUCGCAGAGCACUUUAUCAACCGUUUCGUACUGACACAGCCUUUCAACCAGCACAGGUUCAGUCUAACACGCCCAGCAGCUCGUAUGACAAUCACUGUUUCUGUGGUGUGAAAACGGGUCCAACACAACGAGGCUAUAGAUUCGUUUCUGUCUCUUAAGAAUCCAAAGCCUCACCCUCUGUGAUCCGGCCUCAGUUUUCUGUCGGAGAAGUGAUCAGGUUGAUGUUUGUUGCUGACGUCUGCGAUGCAAAGUCAUGCCUCUUUCAAUAAAGACAACUUCUGCUAAAUGAAA